AUGUCACUACCGGCUGAUCUGAAGCUCCUGUAUGCAGAAUGGUUACAGGAAUUCAUCAACGCUCUGAAUCCUCGUCAGGAACAAUUAGCGGCUACAUAUGACAAGGCUAGAAGAAAUCUAUUGGAUGCUGAGGGCACGAUCUACUAUCCUCGAGAUCUCAAGAAGAUCAGAGGCAUAGGCGAUACUAUCAUGAGAAAGCUGGAGAAAAGCUUGCAAAGAUACUGCAAAGAAAUAGGCGUUGAGGUCCCGACACCGCCAGUGAGAGAAUCGCCCCAAAGAGAAACGAAUAGGACAUCUACCGCCCUACGUCUAGGACAUACUGAGCCCAGUGGUAAUAGAAAUGGUCAAGAAUGCCUAAUGGCGAAGAAGCGACGCAAAUAUAUACCGAAGAAACGAUCUGGUGGCUAUGGCAUACUCUUAGCUCUCCUGGAGGCAAACGCCAUAACGAGAGGUAUUAGCAAGGAUGAUAUCAUUGAGCUGGCCGAGAAAUACUGCAACAGCAGCAUGAAACCCAAUUAUAUGACGAAAGAACUGAGAGGAGCGUGGUCUUCAAUCAAAUCUCUGAUAAAACAUGAGCUGGUCAUUGAGCAAGGCCGACCGAAGAUUUAUCUCUUAACUGAUGAGGGUCAGGCGAUGGCCAAGACGCUAAAGCUAGCUGAUAAUAUUACUUUUGCGAUUGAGAAAGGGAAGGCGGCUAGCGAGUUGGAAUUCUCUAAGGAUGCGGAUUCAGAAGCAUCUGCCAACUUCCGGGACUUAUUUGAUGGUGAAGCAUAUGAAACCAUAUCAAAACCGGGCAGCCAUGGUUCAUCAUUGGUGGACGUAACCUUUCAAGAUAGUAACAUGAUGCCCACCAACAAUCAGUCUAGGAUUUCACACGCUCGCACCUUGGCGAUCUCAACACCUUUAACUAGAAAGGUUUUGAAUGUCAAACCGGUGGCAGUUGCCAAUGACUCUCCCUCCAAUGAUAGCAUCUUGAGGAGGAGAUUUAUUGGCGUCAGAUAUGAACUAUGGCCAAAGGGCAGCUACGAAGUCUAUCCAAUAAUUGACUACCGGGAAGUGAGGUCGCAGAGCGAUCGCGACUUCUUCUCUAAAGCUUUGGAUAGAAAGGGGACCAAAUGCGAGAUACGGCAGCUAGCUUUAGGAGAUAUCAUAUGGAUUGGGAAGAACAAGAAAACUGGAACGGAAUGUGUUUUAAAUACAAUUGUUGAACGAAAGAGACUGGAUGAUUUGGCGACAAGCAUCCGGGAUAACAGGUUUAUGGAGCAAAAAAGUCGUCUCGAGAAGUCAGGCUGUCGGAACAAAUAUUAUUUGAUUGAAGAAACUAUGGGAAAGUCCAUGGAUGGUAUGACAGAAGCGAUAAAGACAGCCUUAUGGGUAAUAUUAGUCUAUUACCGAUUUUCGAUGAUGAAGACCAACAAUGCCGAUGACACAGUGGAAAAACUCCAGGCUUUGCAAACCGUGAUUGCGAAAGAGUACUCGGAGAAGAACCUCAUAGUGAUUUUUCCAAACGAUCUCAAGAACCAAGAUGACUAUCUAAGAGUACUUGAUGAGUUUCGUUCGGAGUUCGAAAGGGGCCGUGACAUAGAAUGCUGCCACACCUAUCAAUGUUUUCAGGAAAUCUUAGGCAAGGGAGAAUUAAGCACGGUUGGAGAAUUAACGAUUCGUGUUUUAAUGUUCAUCAAGGGCGUCUCUAUUGAGAAAGCCGUUGCAAUUCAACGUAUUUACCCAACCUUGAGCCAUAUUCUGAAGGCAUACAGCGAAUGCCAAUCCGAAUUGGAUUCGAAACUGCUAAUGUUCAAAAGGCUAGGAGAUGCACCUGGUGCAAAGAAGAUUACCAAGAGCUUGUCGGAGAAAAUUGCCGAUGUGUUUGGAACUUUCUGA